AUGCCAAUCAUGCCACCCAUGGAUCCUAUUUCUCGACCAUCUUCGACGUCAACUGUGAACUCAUCUCUAUUACACCAUAGCGCAUCUCUGCCACAGCUACCUGGUCUAUCAGCACUUGCUUCAAUAGCUUCGGGUACAAAUUCACCACAAUUGAGAGCAUUCAAUGUUGGACAAAAUGGAAAUAUGGGGUACGCGACAUCAUCGCCAUCUGCUACUUCUGGAGGAGGUCAAAACAAUUCACCUCCUACCUGUCAGAACUGUCAGACCUCAACAACUCCUUUAUGGCGAAGAGAUGAGAUAGGAUCCGUUUUAUGCAAUGCCUGUGGGCUCUUCUUAAAGCUGCACGGGAGACCUCGGCCGAUAAGCCUCAAGACAGAUGUUAUCAAGAGUCGAAAUCGCGUUAAGAGUUCCGGUACUGCACAAAGUGCAAAGAAAAAGAUUCUCUAUGAAGCUAAUGGUCUCGACCAAGCGCGAUCGCAAGCUGGCACACCACCACCCGGUUCUCUUGGACAUAGAAGAACAUCAGGAAAGUCUGCCAAUGGUCAUUCGGAUGGAUCAAACUCCCCUAUUUCUAGAACUGCGACUCCUUCGAUGUAUGGUAAUCAUUUGCCCGCAUUCAACAGUCAUGGGUUAGAAGAACAUCAUUACAAUCAUUCCCCCUCUCUCCCGCCAAUGCAUAUUCGACAACCUUCUCCUGGCGAUAUACGAUCUGCAUCCCCUUCUAUGAAUGGCCCGCAUGGUCUCGAAGUACCCCAGACAUACGAACAACUUAUCGCUCAAAAUUCAUCUUUGAAGACUCGUGUUAGUGAGCUCGAAGUUAUAAAUGAGCUCUUUCGUGGUCGAGUCACCCAACUUGAACAAGAUGAAGCCAAUGCCCGUCGAGGAGAGGAGAUGCGUCGAGAAUCAGAACACAACCUCCUGAGUCGACUCGAGGAAUCUCAACGCCGAGAGAAUCAAUUAAAACGUCGCUUGGAUGAUGUUGAGCGUGAACUCAACGAAUUGCGUGACGGGGCACCCCGCGCUAAGAAAAUGCGUGUCGCAGACAUGGUUGGGGACAGCGAAUCGUCAACUCCACAAUCAGUCACUUCAUAG